GUUUAAGAAAGUCGUUGGCACCCAUGGAGUCCAAUGGAACAUGCUCGACAGGGUAGUGGCUGCCGAAGACUCUACUUGGAAGAUAAUUGUAGAGAGAGAUGCGUCUGCCGCCGCUUAUUACUACCGUAACGAACCCGAGCCCACACUUCUUGCGAAUUUGUUUGGCUUAAAUGACGUCAAACUCGAGUUCUCGCAUGAGGUGAUAUGCCUAUCGGACACGACCGAGGUCAUUGUGCUCUCCGACUCAGUGGUACCAGCCGCACCCAUUCGAGGGGUGCCUUAUGAUUCUCCUCCUGACUCUGAUGAGGUUACCUCACCGAUGCCGGGCCAAUCGACUCGAAUCCGCCGCAAGCUAUUCGAUGUUGGCGGUCCAUGCUUCCGUGAACCCAGUUGUUAUAAGUCUCCUACCCGAUCAGACUACGGAAAGAGAGCCAUUCUCCAUUCACCGAAAGGGUCAUCUUGUGCCUCAUGGAGUCCCUGCCCGAACGCGCGUAAGACAUGACCAUAAAUGGGCAUUGAAGGGCCAUAUCGGGUGUUUUGCAAAUUUGUGCUGGUGGCUCUUGUUUUGUUAGUUAAUCGUAUAAUUCUAGUAAUCGUAUGGGAAUGUAGGGUUUAUGAACUUAUUAGUAUGUAAGGAACUAUUACUGGUAUGGGACGAUGGUGAUGCAAGUUGUAA